GGCUUGUGGGAGAGGGUAAGCAGCAGCUGAUCAUUCAUAUUUCGACCCCUCAUUCAUUUCAGUGAGACAGCCUCCCCCCUGCAUGUCAGCAAAGCAGUAACUGACCUCUAACACCGCCAAGGGAAUAAGUGCUGAGCUGAUAUAUUCGAGGUACCUCGGCUUUUCUGGGCACAACAAAUCACAGCUUAUCUAAUAGAUUGCCGCUGUGUGAAGCGUGUUUCAUAUUCCGCCAGAUGGCAUCUCUGGAAGACCAAUACCAGAAAGCUUGGCAGCUCUAUCAAGAAGAGAGUCAUCAUGACCCUGACAGGGAGCCCUAUAAAUCUAAAUACGCAGCAAGAGAAAUAUUUGAAGAAUUAAAAUCACGGCUCAGUAAACAAUUAGAUGAAGAUGAUGUGGAUGAUAGUGAGGGUGCAUUUAGCGAAGAGGGUGUGGAUGGUGUGGGUUUGACUAGGGCCAGGAUGGCUGCCGUUGUAUAUCAUCUAGGAGUCAUCGCAGUUGAUACUGAAGAAUUUUCAACGGGUGAGGAGCACCUAAAUAAAGCAUUAGUCAUUAUUGGAGAUGAGUGUGGUAUUUCAUCGGGAGUUUCAUCAGUUACUGUUGGGGAUGCGGAGGUUGCCGCAGCUGCACUUCUUGGUACUGAGGAGAGCUUGUCAGAAAGCAGUGAAACCUCUUCCAUCAGUCCUACUGUUAUAGCUCCUGCUACUGUUGCACUUGCAAUAAGCUGUCACAACCAGCUUGGAAUCUUGUGGUCACACCGGGCAAAUUUUAUGACAGCUAAACGUCAUCUUGAUCGAGCCAAUAAGCUAUAUGAAGAGUACCAGAAGCAGUGUACUAAACCUCCAAGAACUAUUAAUAGUUUGUUUUCUUCUUCUAAUGAAAAGGAGAAUAGUGGUGAUGACAUUAGUGGUUUAGACACACUAGAAAAGCUACACACGCUCACCUUCUACUUCCUUGCUCAGAUUUAUGGUCAUAUUGGUGCUCCGGAGAAGUCUGCGUGGUACUGCCACUCCACUCUACAGCGACAGCUGGCCAGCAAAGACUAUGACCCAAUUGAUUGGUCCAUCAAUGCUGCUAAUUUAUCUCAGUUUUACCAGGGAAAAGAACAAUUUAGAGUUGCCCGGCAUCUGUUAGCAUCUGCAUCUAAGGUACUCUCAGGACAUGAAGCUGAGGUUGACACUCCACAGGAGGACGCACACGAUGCUGCUCGCAGGCACGAGAAAUAUCGGCAGUGUAAAGCUGAUGUAGCACGCUGCUGGGGACGAUACUGUCUGGUGCUUCUCCAAGUGUCAUGUGAUCGUGCCAUCCCAGAUGACCUGCCUGAACAACAGUCACAGGAAGAAUGCCAACCACAAGAGGAAAUAUUAGAUAAACAGUUACAGUUUGUGCAACUAGAAGUCAGUGACUUGGAGUCUGAAGUGGCUGCAUCCCCAGGAGAGAACUUCGAUGAAGCCAGGCCCGUGUUUUUGGCAGGCCUGCGGUGGCUGACCACUGCCCGGGAAUUCUAUACUCUUGAGGACUAUGCUGGUGACUAUGUCAGCAUUGUACAAGAGAUGAGCCACUUAUACAAGGCAUUAGCGUUUUUUGAACCUUCUGAGGAGAGGCGGUGCAAGAUGCACAAGCGGCGAGUUGACUUAUUGACUGGUCUUAUACAAGAACUUAAUCCACAGUAUUAUUUGCAUCUGUGUCGUCAAAUUAACUAUGAGAUAGCCGAGACCUACUCAGCUAUGAUGGAUAACAAGCUGUCACUGGUGGAGAGUGCAGGUAGUGAGGUCACUCCUCCACAAGCUAAGAAGAUCAACACCUUGGCCACAUCCAGCAUACAGUACUUCCUCCACUAUCUUGACUCUCUCAAAGAUACAAGUACUGGAGAGCAGCCAACAGUGUACACAGAAGACUCUGUUCGUCCAGCUUUGGUUGCUUGGUUUCAUCUGGGGCGUCUUUGGUCAAAGCUCAUUGCUGCUAGUCAGCAAACCAAGCUACAAAAUUUAUCUCAGUCUCUUCAGAACUAUAAGAGACUAGUAGAGUACUGUGAUAAGAAUCCCGAGUGUCAGUCUGUAAUGGCUCAGGAACUAGCUGUGUGCCGGGAAAUGGUCCAGCUCUUGCCACUCAAGAUGGAGCAGAUCCGGGCAUUAACUAGGUAAUAUAACAAAGUAAAAUUAGCUAAUUUUCAUCCCAAAUUUUUAACAUUUAGAUUAACAAACUGAAAUUUGGGGCAAUUUAUCAAGUGUGAUAAUCUUGAAACUUUUAAAUACUAAGUAUAAUGUACUGCCCCGUUCUGUAAUCUUUGUUUAAAGAAAGCUUUGCUCUUUUCUGGAGGAGCCCCAGUGACUUCCUGAAGCUAUAUAUCUUGCUGAGAUUGUUCCAUGCUAAAAGGUUUCAUCAGUCACAGAAGUUGUGUUUGGCCUACUGGGAACCAGAGGCAGAAUCUGGCCUCCCCUCACACAGGUGCAGGGAGUGAGUGGCAGUUUGCCAUCCCACUGGGAAAGCUUCCAGAAAGUCGGCAAAGCUUUACAGAAAAUUGAAGGAUUCACAGAAAACAAAGCUUCAAAAACUGUCAAAGAAUUUUACAUACAAUUCUCAAGGAACAAGGGAUUCACUCAAAUAAGCUUGAAACAUGUUAGUGCUGAUCACCUCCACCAGGUGACCCAGCCUCUGCCUGCAGCUAGUUCCUGUAGUCGGUUCUGUUGCUGGUGGAAGGUUCUACCAGUUGUUCCCCAGUCUGCCAGUCAUGGGCAAGCCUAUCUUCUUCAAGCUAAGUGUCAGCCAUCCUUGGACUAUGUUAAUUUGGUUCUGUAUUGUUCUUUGAUUUAAUAUGAACUUCAUAUGAUAUGUUUUAUCUCCGGCUUGUUGUGCAGGGUUGCAUAUUGUUGCAUUUUGGGCUGCAUGUAGUCUGAUUUCUUCCUUGUGUACCCACUAUUGCUGCCCCCUGCACUGACAGAGUUAUAUUCUCUAGUAUUUUUGGGAGUUUGCCCCUGAGAGGCCUGGCCACCAGGAUGAAUUGGGAAGCCCUAGUGACUUCCCAAUUCCCUCCCUCUAUCCUUUCUAGGUUCCUUGGUGAGUUGUACAUCAGCUCCAGAACUGUCCAGAGAAGUUGGAUGCAGGUACGGACCAUGCUGUCUUAUGAUAAUGAUCGGUAUUAACACGUUUUGGUCUAGUUUGAGUGAAUUCCCUCGUUCUGUGUGAAACAUUUGUGCAGUUGUUUGAUGGAUUUUGUGGCUUUAUUUUCUCUGAACCCUCUAGUUGUUUGUAAAGCUUUGCUGAGUUUCUAUUUUUUUCCCAUUGGAGUGGCAAAUUGUUACUCAUUCCCUGCACCUCUGUGAGGAGACAGGUUCUAGCUCCAGUUUCCGGUAGGCCAAACAGAACUUUUGUGACCAAUUUGACCUUUUAGCAUGGAGCAAUCUCAGCAACAUAGCUUCAGGGAACCAAGAGGCUCUACCAGAAAGAAGCAUUUCAUUACGUUCAAUGUUAGGUUUAUGAAAUAAAGCCUUGGGUAGCGGAACUGUAUCUGGCUUAGAAAAAUGUUUUAUAAUUAAAUAAGAAUUAGCUAUACUCUAAUGUAAUUAAUGUUUCUUGUGGCAUUUAUUUGUAUAUGAUCUUCCCUAAACUUAGAGAACUUUUGCAUUAUUGAGAUGUUUGUGAUUAAGGAAAUUAUACACAGGAAACUGCACAGUUUAGCUGUGUCGACUGCCUUGAGUAUAUCAGCUCUUUCAAUCCGAUCUACCUAGUCUGGUGAUGAAGGAUUUAUUAAAAUCGUGAAAUAGUGUCCACCAAAAAUAAGAUAAAAUUGCAAAUGACAGAGUUGUAUGAAAAUAAUAUAUUUUUGUUGUGUGUGUGCCUUGGUGAAGUGAUUAGUGUUACUGAUUGCCGAUGUAUUUGUUUCAGUUAAACCCCCAUUGCAUGGGCAUCAUAUUUAAUGGGAUGGAUGGAUUCUUAUUUUACUUAAGUAAUGACUACCAAACUACUAUGACAAGCUUAGCUUUCUGUCAGGCAUAAGUAAUUUGAACUCUUCUGAGACGUAUGGGUACCUUGAUCUAACGUCAAAGGUGUGGUUACUUAGAUUUACCCCAAGAGGUGUGGGUAUCAUGAUCUCCAGAUGUGUUCAUAUCAUGAUCUCCUGAGGUGUGGGUGCCGUGAUUCAUUCCAAGAGGUGUGGGUACUGUGAUCUCUAAAUGUUUUAGUAUUAUGAUCUCCAGAGGUGUGGGUACCAUGAUUUCCAGAGGUGUGGGUACCAUGAUUUAUUCCAAGAUAUGUGGGUACCAUAAUUUAUUCCAAGAGAUGUGGGUACAGUGAUCUCCAGAAGUGUGGUACCAUGCUCUCCAGAGGUGAGGGUACCAUGUUCUCCAGAGGUGAGGGUACCAUGCUCUCCAGAGGUGAGAGUACCAUGCUCUCCAGAGGUGUGGGUACUGUGAUCUCCAGAGGUGCAGUUACUAUGACCUCCAGAGGUGCAAAUACUAUGAUCUCCAAAGGUAUGGGUACCCUGCUCUCCAAAGGUGUGGGAACUGCGAUCUCCAGAGGUGCAGUACCGUAAUCUUCAGAGGUGUGGGUACCGUAAUCUCCGGAGGUGCAGGUACCGUAAUCUCCAGAGGUGUGGGUACCGUAAUCUCCAGAGGUGUGGGUACCGUGAUCUCCAGAGGUGUGGGUUUGUGACCCUUGCUAACUACCAGUAAGUUUGGUAUUUGGCAGAGGUGUUAAUACUGUAAAUCCUUUGUGAUUAGUUGUUAAUCAGGCAGAUGUUACUGUUGCUAAUCUAAGUUUAUAUUUUAUGUAAUAGAUUCUUAAACCCCAGUGUACACAGCAGUGAUAUUAACUAUAUAAAUUGUUUUUAUUUUUGUUGUUAUGCAUUAAUAAUCUUUAGUUACUGUAUGACAGAGAAUAUCCUGUAUUACAUGUGCUUGGCCAGACUGUCUUGAAAUUGCAAGACUGUCGCAGUAACUGGAAGUCUGUCGUAAGGAAAAUCUCCUAGCAAGAAUUUAUUUAUUUAUUUUUUUAUUAAAGCGGACUGUAUAUUCAUAGCUGUCCUGCUAAGAGCCUCCCUUCAUAACUUGGGGGGUUUAAUUACAUAGCCGACCAAAUCGAAAUUAAUUGAUUGGUAGAAAUUUGCUGCUAAUGGUUAGUCAACAAAAUGGUUAGUAAUAAGUAAAUAAGUAAUUAAGAAUCGGAAUAAGAAUAAGCUAGUCCCCUUCUGAGGUGGAGGGUGGAAGAAGGAAUGCUGUGUGUGAGACACAGGCCCACAGUAUAAGAUUAUAUUCCAAUGUAAAUACUUAAAUUUAACACACAAAACACUCGCAUAUUCAUCUUGUACAUAUGAAACUCCAAAGGGGGAUUACUCAGUUUUAAACAGAAUACCCAGUCAUGUGUAACAACUUAUAAAAUAAAACAUAAAAUGAAUAUGUAUAAAAUGUAUCAUUACAUCACAUGUAUUAUAUUGAUAUUAUACUGAUGUAACUUUAGUCUGUGUUGUUUUUAUAUAGCUAAUAUGAUGCAGUGUAUUUUGUUUAGAAAUGUGAAUACAUUAUAUAAAUGAUUAUAGCUAUUAGCUUUCAGUUAAGUUACCCUGUAUGAAAGAAGUAACUUCUAAGCUUUAUUUUAUUUUGAAAUGUUCAAAUUAACAUUCCUCAUAAAGACAAUUUAGGGUCUGAGGCAUUAAAUUUAUAGCUAAUCUUUACAUAUAAUUCAAACAUUGUGCCCAUGUAUCCUAUAUAAUUUCAUUUUCUUCUUGAGUAAGGAUGUUAUUUUACCAAUCUUAUUAAAGCCUUUUGUUACAAAAGUAGGAAAUGGUAUUUCAGUUACUGUUGCCAAUGUUAAAGCAUCUUAAUUUAAUUAUUCACACUUAAAGGCAAUCAACAACCAUCUCCCAGGACACAAUCUCAUCAAUCCAUCACAACACAAUUUACCAAGUAGUUAUUUUGCUAAGGCAAAUCUCACUUUGUUAAAACUGUGACCAGCUACACAGUUUGAUGUGCCGCACUGGUAUUUCUCCAAGGCAUUUAGUAAAGUGCUACAUGAAAGACUUGCCCCCUCCCUCCCCCUCUCCCAAAAAAUCCAUGUAUAUGGAGAAUCACUGCCAAAACACUAGAGGGGAUAAAACAAAAGCAAAUACAGUAAUACAGAAAGUAAAGACUUGUCAUAUACUGAGUAGUGCCCAAAUCUGAUAACAAGGCCUUCCAAUCUUUGAAGCAAAAGGGCAAAGAGUGUAACACAUUAGAUGAUAUUCCUCACAAAGGCUAUCAAACUCAGGACAGCAAUGCUCCUCAAUAUGGAACUGGUAAAACAUCUUUGUGAAGAAUGAGUAAGAUGUAUCACAAGCCAGUGGUCUCAUGUUCUCUCUUUGGUUUGUCUAUGAAGACAGUGGUUAACAGAUGAACAUAUAAUUUGAUGUCAUGUUUUCUAUGGAGGUACUCUCCUGUAAGAUACUGUUCAGAUGUUUAAAAUCCCUUCUUAUAUCAAGAGAUUAUUGGAAAAAUAUGUGAUGAACAUCAAAGUUCCACAUGCUAAUUGCACAUAUGCAAAGUAGCCAUCGUUAAUUUCCACUAAAUAACAAGACUGCGGUGGAAAGAAAAUGAGUUGCCUCAGCAGGUAUUGUAUAUAUAAAUAGGAAAGUUGGUGGUCAAAACAGGAAAAUAGACACACACAGGAGGAAAGAAAUAUAAAGAAUGGGAAGAUAAUGUUCAUUAAAUGGUAAAUAUGAAUGCAGAACAAAUAUAACAAUAACAGUGCAGUGUUACAUUGUUGUGUAACUGAAGAAAUGUGCAAGAGAGAGAGAGA